GGUUAGGGGCCGUCCGACAGAGCGACCCAGUGCGACCGCAGCGCGCGGGGCAGGCGGGGCUGCGAGUGCUGCAUGGGGCGGUCCGCCCAGCCUGGCCCAGCCGCGCAUCGAGUGUUGGGGUUAGGCGCCAGCCCCGUCCAAGAAGAGUCGGUCACGUCAAGUUUCUCAAGUUGUGAAAUGAGUGUCGCUGAAAACUCUCUGAAAUGACAAUCAUCCUUCCGAAAACGUGGUGACCUAGCGGAAGGCGCCUCCACCAGCCUCGUCGAGAACGUGCUGCGGUUGGCGUCCGUCGAUCAAGGCCCUGAACUCGUCUCCGAUGUAAGCCGAUGUCAGCGCAGGGGCGUCCAGACGCUCCCGGUUGCGGAAUGUGGCCAAAUUCACUGUCCGGCGGGUGCGGCCCCGAGGGCGAGCUGCUGGGCUUUGGCGGGUCCUGCGGCUCCGGGCCGCCGCCCAUGGCCGCGUACCUCAAGUCGCCGCCCUACGGCGUCAACGGCAUCGGGCUGUCCAUGGGCGCCAUGGACUCGCUGCACCCGCCCAUGGGCUUCCCCUCAGGCCCGCUGAUGGGGUCCGCCAACUCGCGCAAGCAGCGGCGCGAGCGGACGACGUUCACGCGCGCCCAGCUCGACGUCCUGGAGGCCCUGUUCGGCAAGACGAGGUACCCGGACAUCUUCAUGCGCGAGGAGGUGGCCCUCAAGAUCAACCUGCCCGAGUCCAGAGUGCAGGUGUGGUUCAAGAACCGGCGCGCCAAGUGCCGGCAGCAGCAGAAGCAGCAGCAGCACAGCAGCUCGGACGCCAAGCGCUCGUCGUCGACGUCCUCGUCGGCGCUCAGCGGCGCCGCCAAGAAGAGCACCGCGCCGUCCUCCGCAAGCCUCCCCGGCGGCGCCACGGCGGGGACCGUCUCGGGAGCGGUGCCGGGGGCCGUGCCAUGCAAGCCCGCCCUGAACGGCACCUCGGUGACCCCGGCGAGCCAGCGCGACGCCAGCUACCUCAAGCCCCUCCUCAGCCAGAGCAGCCCCAACUCGCCGUACGGCGGCUCGUCCAUCUGGAGCCCGGCGGCCAUCGACAGCUGCCUGGAGGGGCGCAACUACCCCGCCGCCGCCCCCGGCCUGGCCCCCGGGCCCCCGGUGCCGCCCCCGCCCGUCUCGGCCGCCCCCGGGGCCGUGGGUAGUGCGGGGGGCGGCGGGGGCUCCGGCGCCAGCGGCGGCCAGCCCUCCUGGGGGCAGGGGUACUACUACUCGAACGUGGACUACCUCGGCCCGGGGGCGGCCCAGCUCAACGUAGUCCAGGACAACAACCUGGACUCGGUGUGGCCGAAGCGGGAGGACCCGACGUGGUUCUACAACAGCAGCAGCUGGGACCGGAAGUGAAGAUUCACCUAGUCCUAAGUUAAGAGUGUUACGGCGGGGGACGAAUGCAGUUCUGACUUUUGUGCGAGGCGUGUGGUGAAAGUACGUGGUUGGUUUGAGCUCCAUGUCGAGAUAGUGCACAAAAUUGUUGAUGGAGAGAACGGAAAGGGUAGACGCGUUUGUUCGUCGCGCAUGGUCAGUCAGUGUGCGCAUCUAAGGGCCUAAGGCAUGCGAAGGUGUACCGCCGUGUUUUCCGAGACUUUCUCGCCUCUCAUUAAGAAAUUAAUUGAAGAGAAAAUUAUCGUAGAAUCGGAUUUUGAACUCCGAACCAACUCGAGAACUUUCGUUACAUAUCUGUUGGUUCGGCGUUUUAGAUUGUACUUGACGAAAAUUUGCAUAAAUGUACAUAAAUAUCACAUAAAUUAUUUUCAGACAUUUCAACUCAAGUAUGUGAUUUUUCUUGUUAAGAAGCAAUUUUAUCAAAGGAACCUGCAACACAAUUGGAUGUUAUUUCUUCAGAUAAGUUUGCUUCUAUUUAUUUAUAACUUAAUUUGUUGAUCUUGUCUUAUUUAUUGAAAUCAGUGUUGCAAGUUGAGAUGUUUUUUCACAGUGUUGCAUGUCCGGACGGACAAAGUAUUGCCGUUAUGGGCCUGAUGUAUUUGUUGUAGGCAAUUGAUUGUAUUAAAUGUACUGUUUUCUUUC